UUAAAAACACUCGGCUCCUGUUGGAGUCUGCGCCACGGCUCCACGACUCUUACGCACGCACCAAACUCUCUAAAACUGCUCAGAAACAUGGACGAAACGCUCUAAAACGACACUUUAUUUGAGCCGAAGGCCUCAGGCGGCUCUGGCCUCAGCAUGUGCCCGGCUCUGGAGCUUUUUGGCGUGUUAGAGACGGGACACAGCCGGUGUUAGCUGCUUCUGCUCGGGCCGAGGGACCAUGGCCGGGCUGCUGCGGUACUUGGAGCCUGUGAGAAGUGCUCUGAAGCUGGACUUGUUAAAGGAGGCGACGCGGCAGUAUCCAGUCUUCUGCUUCCUGCUGGGGACGCUGCUGUCACUCACAGUGCUGCUCAACAGACACCUUCACGUCCUCAUGGUGUUCUGGUCGUUUCUGGCUGGACUUGUGACGUUUUACUGCUCCCUGAGUAGGGACACACUUCUGCCCAGUGUGCUGUCCUCCCCCCGAUCACGUCAUGAGCGUCAGGAGCAGGAGCUGUUCCCGUCGGGGCUCAGCUGUGCCGUCUGUGGGAAGAACAAGUGCAAGAGACACCGGCCCACCCUCCGUCUGGAGAACCAUCAACCCUGGUUAGAUCUGAAGGUCCAUUCUAAAGUGGACGCCUCCAUUGCUGAGAUGUUUGAGCUUGUGCUGGAGAACUUUGUCUUCCCCUGGUACAGGGACAUCAGCACUGACCACGACUGUGUGGAUGAAAUCAGGACGACCUUUAGAUUCUUUGCCUCGGUUCUGGUCCGCAGAGCGCAAAAGGUGGAUGUACCAGCUGUGUUCGCAGAUAAAGUGAUGAAAGCUGCAAUGAAGCACCUCGAGGUCGUCAACACAGCUAGAGAUCGAGUGAGCCGUGUAGAGGAGCUGCAGAGAGCUGCUCUGCUGGAGUACGGCUCUCACCUUCACAUUGCCCUCCGCAGUCGCAGAGAGGAACUGCAGUACCUUCGGACACUCACUGAAAUGCUCCUCCCCCACGUCCUCCCCCCCAAGGCUACGGUCUGUAGGUCUCUGUCUCUGCUGCUGAGGGAGGUGAUGGCUGGAUCAGUCAUUCUUCCCACGAUGGACUUCAUGGCUGAUCCGGACACGGUCAACCUCAUGGUGCUUCUGUUUGUGGACGACACUCCGCCUGAAGCAGCCUCUGAGCCUCCUUCUCCUCUGGUGCCCUUUCUGCACAGAUACGCCAGUGCCACAGACAAGAAGUCCUCCGUGCUGAAGUUGGAGCUGAAGCAGAUCCGGGAUCAGCAGGACCUUCUCUUCAGAUUCAUGAACUUCCUCAAACAAGAAGGAGCCGUUCAUGUACUGCAGUUCUGCCUCACUGUGGAGGAGUUCAAUGACCGCAUCCUUCAGCCUGAGCUCUCAGACUCUCAGCUCCUCGCACUUCACUCUGAAGUGGUGCACAUUUAUGAGACAUACUGUUUGGACGAGAGCAUCGACAAGAUCAGCUUUGACACAUUCAUCAUCGAAGAGAUACGAAAGAUUGCCAUGUCACCGUACACUGAGGUGGUGCGUUUGCAGAAGAUGACGUGUCUGUUCGAGGCCUAUGAGCAUGUUCUGUCUCUGCUGGAGAAUGUCUUCACCCCCAUGUUCUGCCACAGCGACGAGUAUUUCCGACACCUGCUCCGAGGAGUCGAGUCUCCAACGAGGAACUCCAAAAUCAGCAGAAGCUUCAGUUUUGAUGAGAGCUGCAGAAAUGCGUCGCGGCGUGGAGAGGCGUCGGGCAUCAGUCGCAUCGGCAGCAAAAUCAAAGGCGUGUUCAAGAGCACCACACUAGAGGGCGCAAUGCUGCCCCCCAGCGCCAUGGCCGACCCCGACGACGAUCUGGUAGAGGAGGCUACGAUGGUCCAGGAGGGAGACUACCUGUCAGAGCCUCAGUCCUGGUCGGCUUCUGGCUCCGGUCUUGGGUGCAGUCCAGUUUUUGCAUCUGGGUUGAAUUCUGGGUCUGGGAGGAACCUGUCCGAGUGGAGCGCCUGGAUCCCGUUCAUCGAUGUGAUGGAAGACGAGGUCCGAAAGGAGAGAGUCCCAGCGUUCCUCAUCCAAGUCCAACGAGACGACCGCAGAGGAGUGGGCCAUGAGGCUGAGAGCUGGUGUGUUCUCAGGAGGUACAUGGAGUUCUACGUUCUAGAGUCCAAGCUCACAGAGUUCCACGGCCCAUUCCCAGACGCUCAGCUUCCCUCCAAAAGAAUCCUGGGACCAAAGAACUAUGAGUUUCUGGAGUCAAAGAGGCUGGAGUUUGAGGAGUACCUCCAGACCCUGCUGCGUGUCCCAGAGCUCAGUAACAGUCAGCUCCUGGCAGACUUCCUGUCUCCUCACAGCAUCGAGUCACAGUUCACCGACAAAAUGAUCCCCGACGUCAACCUGGGCAAAAUCUUCAAGUCUGUUCCUGGAAAACUCAUGAAAGAGAAGGGGCAGAACCUGGAGCCAUUCAUUCAGUCGUUUUUUAACUCGUGUGAAUCUCCCAAACCCAAACCAAGCCGCAACGAACUCACUGUGCUCAGCCCCACAGCACACACCGAAAAGAAGCUGUUCACACCUCUGUACCAAAACAACGCCAACCUUUGUGACCUCUCAGACAGGAAGUGCCCUCAGAACUACUUCCUGGAGCAGCAGCGUCUUCAUGGCAUGUUUGACUACAUGAUGUUUGUGGCGCGAGUGCUGUUCCGUGUCCCUGCCUCCUUACAUCACUUCCUGUGCGCUCUGCGGAUCGUGGCAAAGCGUUCGUUUGAAGCAUACCUGGAUCAGCUGAUGCACCAGAAACUGACACAGAUCCUGCAGGAACAUCGCCUGGUGUCUCUAAUCACACAGCUCCGAGAUGCAGUGUUCUGUGAGGACUCUGAGGAGAGGAGUGCUGAGGACAAACAGCUCCGAGCAAAGCAGACGUUUGAGGAGAUGAUGAGCUAUCUGCCAGAUUUCGUGUCUAAACUCAUCGGAGAGGAGGCCAAGUAUGAAGGAGUGCGUCUUCUGUUCGACACGAUUCAGCAGCCACUCCUCAACAAACAGAUGACGUACGUACUGUUGGACAUAGCUGUGCAGGAGCUGUUCCCUGAGCUCAGCAAGGUUCCUGUUGGAGAGGCCUUCGUCGUUUGACCUCUUCCUGUUUAUUGAAAAGUGCAAUACUCUACUUUCCCCGUCAGAUCCUGUGUUAUUAUGAGACAUUUGUCUGAAUCAUGAAAACACUACACUUUACACUUUAUAUUAAAUCAUUUA